GGCAAAAAAAACGAACCCAGCCCCUUCCUGAUUGGUGUUUCGGCUGCUUCCGUGUUGUCAGUCAGCUGCGACCCCGCCCCCCUCUCUCACAUCUGUAGCGGAGUGUCCCCGACCGGCUGCUGCUGCUCCCGCUCCUGACCAGGCACCGGAGCCGGAGAGCGACGAGGUCAACUCGGACUUUUCCCCCCCACCCCACAGUUGACUCCCGGAAACGAACCAGCGUCGGUGUGUUGAGCAGCUAAAAAAACGGGGACUUCGCUUUACUAAAUGAAGUCGGGUCCGCGUGUGUUCAGAAAGCAGGGAGACGUUUCGGUUCGUGUUUGGAUACCGGAGGAAAAGUUUAAAUCCCCGCGCCGCGCCGGGGGGGAGAGAGAGGUCUGUUCACAACUACACCAGGCACCUGUGAGAGUGAAUCCUCUUGGUGCGGCUCCGCUGUCCCACACUGAAGUCUGUUGAGCAGCAUGUCGGACAAGUGGCGCGCCGCCGUGUAACCAGUUCGUCCGGCUCGGCGGAGUUUCGAGGGCUGUUUGAUCGACUUCCCGGUGAACCGCUCCUCCGCACGGCGCCCCCCUGCCAGACGCCCGUUUCGACCAUAACAAUGGCCGGUCUGAGCAAUGUCCACAUGAAAACCCUGGAGGACCUGACGCUGGACUCGGGCUACGGGGCGGGGGACUCGUGCAAAUCCCUCAGCCUGUCCUCCUCCAAGUCCAACUCGCAGGCGUUCACGACGGCCCCGCACCGGGGCAACUGGUGGUACUACUCCGGCUCCAUGAACAGCAGGAACAACAGCUGGGACACGGUCAACACGGUCCUGCCCGAGGACCCGGAGGACAUCUUCUCCAAGUGCCCGCGCCUGCCCGAGCUGGAAGAGUUCCCCUGGACCGAGGAGGAGGUGGCCAGGGUGCUGCGCAAAGUGGCCCAGGGUGGCGGCGCCAAGGGGGCACCCACACCCGUGUUCUCGCCGGAGGCCGUGAGGCGGCUGUCCGGUCUCCUGCGCCGGGCGCUCAUCCGCAUCUCCAGGGAGGCGCAGCGGCUCAGCGUCGUGCACUGCCGCUGCACACGCUUCGAGGUGCAGAGCGCCAUGCGGCUGGUGCUCAGCUGGGCGCUGGCGGACCACUGCGUCUCCGCCACGAUCAGGGCCAUAUCCAUGUACAACAUGAGCGCCGGGGAGCUGCUGCGGAAGGGCAAGUCGGCCCGAUGCGGCCUCACCUUCUCCGUGGGACGCGUCUUCCGCUGGAUGGUGGACACUCGCAUUUCCGUGCGCAUCCACGAGUACGCGGCGAUCUGUCUGACCGCGUGCAUGGAGGCGCUGGCGGAGGAGGCGGGUGCCCGCGUGCUGUCGGCCGAGAGGAGUCACCCGGGGCCGGAGUCCGGCUCGGGCUGCGCCCCGGUGGGCGCAGAGGCUCUGGAGGUGGUGGUGAACAACGACGCGGAGCUGUGGGGAGUCCUGCAGGUCUACGAGCACCUGAUCUGCGGCAAGAACGCCAAUGGUGUUUUGUCUCUUCCGGCCCAUUUCAGUCCGUACACGGAGAACCAGCAGACGUCUGUGGACAGCAGGGAGGAUGCCUAUGCCCAGCUGGAGCUGCGGACACUGGAACAGUCCCUGCUCGCUACCUGUGUGGGCAGCAUCUCCGAACUCAGUGACUUGGUGUCCCGUGCAAUGCACCACAUGCAGCGUCUGAGCUCAGUGCGCCCGGGGCUGAGUCCAGCUCGCCACGCCCGUCCCCAGCAGUCCGUGUCCUGGUCGCCCGAUGCCCUCCACACCCUGUACUACUUCCUGCGCUGCCCACAAAUGGAGUCCAUGGAGAAUCCCAACCUAGAUCCCCCACGCAUGGCACUCAGCAAGGAGAGGCCAUUCCUGCUGCUGCCCCCUCUGAUGGAGUGGAUGCGAGUGGCCAUAGUUCAUGCGGAGCACCGCAAGAGUCUGCUGGUGGACAGCGAUGACGUCAGACAGACCGCCCGGCUCCUCCUCCCAGGACUGGACUGUGAACCGAGACAGCUGAAGCCCGAGUGCUGCUUCAGCUCCUUCAAACGUCUAGACUCCAAAGCCGCCACGGACAAGUUCCACCUCGAUUUGGGUUUUCGGAUGCUCAACUGCGGACGCACAGACCUCAUAGGCCAAGCCAUCGAUCUGCUGGGGCCGGACGGGGUCAACAGCAUGGACGACCAGGGAAUGACUCCUCUGAUGUAUGCCUGCGCAGCCGGAGACGAGGCCUUAGUCCAGAUGUUGAUCGAUGCCGGGGCCAACCUCGACGUGGCGGUUCCACCAUGCUCCCCAAAGCACCCCUCUGUGCACCCCGACAGCCGGCACUGGGCGGCCCUCACCUACGCUGUGCUGCACGGACACAUCUCUGUUGUGCAGCUCCUUUUGGAUGCAGGGGCCAACGUGGAGGGCGCGGCGGUCCGCAACGGACAGGAGAGCACGGCAGACACGCCGCUGCAGCUGGCUUCUGCAGCAGGCAACUACGAGAUGGUGAGCUUGCUCCUGGCGCGGGGCGCCGACCCCUUGUCGAAGAUCCACGACGGAAACGCCCUCACCUCCUCGCUGUACGAGGACAUGAACUGCUUCAGUCACGCCGCCGCACACGGACACAGGAACGUGCUGAGAAAGCUACUGACUCAGCCACAGCAAGUCAAAGAGGACGUCCUGUCUCUGGAGGAGAUCCUAGCCGAGGGGGUGGAGGGCGAGGAUGCUGGGAUCUGCCCUUUCCUCCCUCUCUCCCCCCUCCCCGCCCCUUCGCCGGGCCCCGGGGCCCUGCCAGAGGUGGGCAUCCCCCGGCUCUGCAAGGCCAGGAUGAAGGCUCUGCAAGAGGCCAGCUACUACAGCGCCGAGCACGGCUACCUGGACGUCACCAUGGAGCUACGUGCCAUGGGUGUCCCAUGGAAACUACACGUGUGGCUGGAGUCUCUCCGUUGUGCCCAGCAGCAGUCCAGGGCGGGGGUCAGCCUCUCCCUCCUCCGAGAGUUCAACACGAUCAGAGAAGAGGACUACUGCGAGGAGCUGGUCACCACGGGCCUGCCGCUCAUGUUCAACAUCUUGCGCACCAACAAGAACGAUGCCAUUGUCCAGCAGUUGGCGGCUAUUUUUAGUCACUGUUUUGGCCCGGCGCCCCUCCCAGCCGUCCCCGAGAUGAAGGCAACUCUUUCAGCACAGUUGGACCCGCACUUCCUGAAUAACCGGGAGAUGUCAGACGUGACGUUUGUGGUGGAGGGGAAGGCGUUCUAUGGCCACAGAGUUCUGCUGAUCACAGCCUCUGACAGAUUCAAGUUUCUGUUGGCGUCCCCUGGAGCAGACGGCAGCCCCAACAAGGAGGUUGAAAUCAGUGACGUCAAGUACAAAAUUUUCCAGAUGAUGAUGUCAUACCUGUACUGCGGAGGAACGGAGUCGCUGAAAACGAAUGUGCACGACUUGUUGGAGUUGUUGUCUGUGGCCAGUCUGUUCCAUCUGAGGGCGUUACAAAGACACUGUGAACUCAUCUGCGCUCAUCACAUCAACCUGGAUAACGCGGUCAGCAUCUACAGGACAGCCAAGGCCCAUGGUUCUCUGGAGUUGAGCUCAUUCUGUGAAGGUUACUUCUUGCAGCAGAUGCCUGCGCUGCUGGAGAGGGAGGGCUUCAGGAGCCUGCUGCUGGGACCCCCCGCGGCCCGACAAGGGAACAACUCCACCUCCGCGCUGGCUCACAGCCGGGGAGACUCACCUCUGGAGGAGCUGGAGGCCACCUUAGCCCGACGACUGCGCUCCCUCUACGUCACCUCCCGAGUCUGAGGAGACGAGGAGAGAGGAAAACGGUCGGGGGCAAAUGUGGCGGAAGUUUCGUUUUGUAUCACUGGUACAGGAUCGGAUCUUCAGAGAGACGUCUAAAUGCAGAGAUGUUUUGUCAGCAACAUCUGAUCCCUGCCCCGGCGACGAGCAGCUUCCACGGUUAAUCCUCCACUGGGCCACGCUCCAGUGAGGCUGUUUGGCAGCAGUUUCGACUUUUGCUCUGUGGACAAAUAAGUGUUUCUUAUUUUGUUGCCAAGCACUCCAUCUUGACAUUUAUUGUACAGCGUGGUUGUGGGGAAAAAAGAAAACUGUGCAGCGUGAUGCUUUUUAUCCAAGACUUGGGAAGCUCGAAUAGAGAAUCAACAGAUGGAUACAACAGGUGGCUUCUCUGGAUCGUGAAACGCUGCUGCCCUCUAAUGGACAAAAGCGGCAAAACUAAAAUAACUUGCCCUGGGGGAUUGGGAUCGGCGUCGUCCUGGUUCCGACUGAAGCUGCGUAUAGUGUUAAUAGACUGAGGCGUCUGUUGAAGAGUCACGUGGGAGGCGGCCAUGCUGGACUUUUGGCUUUGUCCCAUUUCAACUAAUAAUAAUAAUGCAGCGGGAGGAAGGAGGUCGACUCGGGGGGCCUCCUGCAUUGAUGUAAACUCAGAAUUUAACAAAUGUAUGUUUUCAAAGAACAACCAGAGAAACACAACACAUACAGAAGAGUGGGGAUGGACAUUUUCUAUUUAAUGAGGAAAAAAAACCUAAGAUGUGAGAGUAUUUAACGGGGUGUUCCCUUUUUAUUUUGUUUGUAACCCAAGCUAAUUAUUGAUAUUAUUGUUCUAAAAAAGAAAAAAAAGUUGCUUUUUUGCUGUAGCUGAGGUUUUUCCAGGUACACUAACUUUUAAUGAGGCUCAUGUAUGCUGAGGUUUGAUGCUUCUGCGCAGGUUAUAGCAGAGGAAUCUCACGUGGGAUUCAGGCGACGACGUCUGCUUUAAUGCUGAAUAUUGUAAUAAACCUUGUGAAAACAAA